UUCGCAUGAAAUUUUUUAUCGAGACUACAGCGAAGUUGUAAUGUGUAAUGCAAUGUGCUAUUUCAAACGAAAAUGUCGGCGUGUUUGAAAUUCAUACAGUAGGGAUGUAGAAAUACGGAAAUGGUACGUGAAACACGGUACUUGCUCGUAGGGAAUUUACCCGAAUCAACUACAGAGAAUGAAAUUACGGAUUAUUUUAAACGGUUUGGAGGCAUACAGAAAGUGAAACUAGAGAGAAAGCCUGACGACACUGACAGUGAUGAAAAAGAAGAAGGAUGUAUUACUAGUCUAACUGCCACUGUUGCAUUUACUGAUAUAAAAUCUGCAUCAAAUGCUCACAAAGCUGAGAAAAAGAUUGGUAAUAAUGUGAUAUCGAGCGAGUACAGCUCUGGUUUUGGGGCGACUGGCAGUGUUGUGAAGAGGAGCAUUGAGCCUGAAAUCUAUCCUCGGCCCCCAUCUGGAUACCCACAUAGGAAAGGGUUUGAGGAGGAUGAUGGUUUUGAUGUAUACUAUGGGACCCCCCAGCAGUACAGCGGAGAGCCAAGUGGGUUGUUCCAUAACCCACAGUACCCAGAGCGGGGACGUCAACGAGAGAGAUGGACACCUGGGGCUCCUUUUCCUGGACGCGGAACAAAAUGGUCAGCUGCUACCUCACGACAGUUUUCAGAUUCCGGAAGUAAGGAUGGGUUUGAAAAAACAAAGUCUGUCCCGACGUCUUCUCCCACAACAUCACAAUCAAGUACGCGCCAGAAGAAAAAGUCUAAAUCUGGUGAUCGGUCACGGUCUAGAUCAAGCUCCAAUGACAGCAGGAGCAGUUCAGCAACAAGUGAAUCUGGAUCUGCAAGCAGCAGUAAGGACCGCUCAAAAGGGCUGUCAGCUGUACCAAAGUCAGAAACACAUGAUUCAGAAAUCAAACACUCAGAAAUAGAACCGGGCGAAAGAGAACCACUUGGAAUAUACAUCACAAAACUGCCUGGAAGAUCAAGUGACACAAGUUUGCGCGAUGGAUUAUUCCAUGAGUACAAAAAAUACGGAAAGAUCACUGCGGUUCAAGUGUCUGGUCUGGGAGAUGGACGGUUUGCCAUCAUCAGUUUUAAACAAGCGGAGGAUGCAGCCAAGGCCCUGAACUCGUCACAGGGUAAACGAUUCUUCGGAGCCUGUAUCCACAGUGUACCUCAUGAGGGCCUAGAGGGUGAAGACACUGAAUUUCUGACACCCGAGGCACAGCUGGAUGAACACUCCCCAAAGGCCACACGCACUCUCUUUCUAGGAAACCUGGAGAAGGACAUCACCACUGAGGAGUUGAAGGAACGCCUUGAGAAAUAUGGGGAAAUACUGGAUGUUGAUGUAAAACGUCAAGGAGCAAUAACUGCGUAUGCCUUCAUCCAGUUUAGUGAUAUCUCAAGCGUUGUCAAGUCCCUCAAAGACCUGGAUGGCAUCACAUGGGGAACUACUAAACUUAAGGUUGGAUUUGGCAAAAGCAUGGCAACACCGGUAGUUUGGCUAGGCAAUCUGGCAGACACUGUGCACGAAGGUUUCCUGUAUCGCCAGUUCCAACGGUUCGGAGCCCUAAGUCACACCGUCGUGGACAAGGAAAACCACCGUGGACUUGUGUUCUUUAUUGCUCCUGAGAGUGCCCAAUACGCGCUGCCAGAAAUGAGAAACCGCAUUUGGAAUGGAAAGAAAAUUCAUAUUGACUAUGCAAGUCGUGACUGCCAAGAGUCCUUCUUCAAGAAGAUGGAGGCAUCUGGCCAGCUGCGGCCUGGGGAGAGGCCUGACCCACGCUGGAUGCAAAAUCAGAUUGCUAAGGAACCACCAUGGGAGGAAAGCAAUGACCCAAACUUCACGAAGCGUGGAGGGUUUAACCAGUUCCGAGGCCGGGGUCGAGGAUUUCAGAGGGGCCGCGGAUUUUUCAGAGGGCGAGGAGGGGCCUUCGACCCCGGCUACCCACAAGAGGGAUUUAUGCCCCGAAAGAUGGAUGAAUUCGGAACAGGAAGUGCAUUUAUGGAAGAAGACUCAUACGAGCGUCAACUCCAGGAGUACGGUCAGAGUCAGCAGCACAGACAGGAGCGAUCCCAGAGUCCAGGCAUGUACGAGAAUUUCUACGAGGGUCGUUCACAAACUGGCCAAGAGUUUGAUCCUUACGAUCCACCAGCACGUUACACCACUUACAGAAGCCCCAGUCCUGGAAGCGAUCGUGAUUUAGACAUUGCCAGUGAAGACUUUAAAAUGUAUAAACGAACUCCAAGUGAUGAACGCUACUAUUUUAAGGAAAAAUACUUUGAGGCUGGGAGUCGAUCACGAGAUCGUUCUCACAGUAGUGACAGUGAGCAGAGAUACAGGCUUCAAUCAGAGUUAAUGCGGCGUCGCAGUAGGAGCAGGUCUCCGACAAUAGCGACGAUGAAAAUGAAACAAAAAACCAAAGAUUUGCCGCUAUCUUAUAGAUCUCAGACUUCUCCAUCUCCUACUGAUGAGCCAUUUUAUCAUAGUGAUCACAGUCCUUCAGACUAUCGGAUUUACAAGAGACCAAGUAGUUUAGAAGGUGAAAGAAAAAGUGGCGUGCUUGUAAAUAUGGGAUUACGUAAAGAAAUUGACUUGAAAUCCGAGGAGAGGAUGAGCAGAAAACGUUCCUAUGACCAGCUCUCUCCACGUUUAGAAAGGCAGCACAGUCGUGGUAGCCGGACUGAUUCUAUUUAUGAGUAUGAUCGUGAAAAGAGUGCUCGGGGCUUAAUUUCCGAAGUUGCACGCUUGCGUUCUGAAUUAAAUGAGAGAACUGGUAUUAAAGAUAGUCCAAGUUCCAGCAGUUCUAGUGAUAAUAUUGACCCAUCCACCCUUACAGAAGCUGAACUGGCUAAAUUACACCGGGAAAAACAGAAACUAUUACAAAAAUUAAACAUACAGGAUAGUGAUAGUGAUGGCGAUUCUAGGUAUGUUUCUUCCAAGAAAGCUCGCCUGGAGGCUAAAUAUCAUCGGGCAGAUCCUAUAACAAAGCUGGAAAUAAAAGAGAAACUCAAAAAGUUAGAUGAGAAAUCACGGAAAAAAGAACUCAGGGAUAUUAAAAAGUCUAAAUCUUUGGGUGACAGUAAGUUGGAUUAUAGUGAAGAGGAUACUUAUAAUUCUCCUGGAUAUAAUAUGCCAAAGAAAAGAAGGAAAAUGGACAGUGAGAGUGAUAACAGAUCUCGGUCUUAUCGCUCUAGACUUGAGGAUGAUCAUGGAUUUAGCAGUGAUGAUGAACGAAUGGAUUUACAAAGACAGACAAGUACACAGAGGGAUAUGUAUUCCUCCAAAUCGCGACCAAUGUCCAGUUUGGAUGCUAGACUGGAAAGUGAUGUGUUUGCAGCGCAGACACGUGAGGAAACUAGGCGAACAUCAUCAGGUAGUGACAAUAAUAAAGAGCAAGGCGAGACAAAAGGUAGGCGACGUAAGCAUAAAAAGGAACACCAUAUAACACCAUUAAUUCCAUUAGGAGAUGAUGAUAUGCCUGACCCAGAAACUGCCGACCCUAGGCCUCGAACACCACCAGUCAGAAUAGAACGUCCAAUGGUUUUACCACUUCCUGACUUUGCUCAAUUUAUCCAGUUUUCCCCCCUUCCUUCACCACGACACUCGCCAGAGCGGUACAGGGAUCACCAUGAUGACCACACCCAACAUCACCAUGGCGACAACGGGUCAAACGGGUCUGAACAGUCACCCUGUUUCUCACCACAAAGCAGCAGCAGCAAAACACAUUCCCCUUCACAGUCUCCGAGUGGGUCUGGCUCUGACUCCAAAGGAAACACUAACUCAGAGAGUGGCAGUGGUGAACUUCCACCUGGAUUUCCGAAAGAAACAGAACAAAUAGAUCCAGAUGAAAACAAAGCUGAUAGCUUGGACUCAAUACCUGAUCCACCAAAAGUGACAGAACCUAAAAAAGAUGAUGACAGCUUUUCAGAUAACAACAGUGAUCUUGAUUUGGCAUCAGAUAACUUAGCUAUUGAGGAAAGAAUUAGAUUGCUUGAUGAAAAAUGGAACAAAGCACAAGCAGUGUCAGCUAUUACACCUAAAAUUUUACCUGAUAUGGACAGUGUAGUGGGAAAUAAUGUUUCUUCUUCAUGUGUGUUGACAAACUAUUCCCCUCCUAUUGUUGCCCCUGCACAACAAGGGUCAACUAGUCCUGCAGUCUCCUCCCUAUAUUCCAAGUUUAAGAUCAAGAAAAGAAAUGAUGGGCCUGGGGCUACUACCGAUAAACCUGAACAGUCAGAAAUUGUGCAAACAGUGCUAUCUAAAUCAAGUAUCUUUGACCAGGAUAGUAAAAGGCUAGGACAAAUUAACGAUUCUUUGGAUACCAAAGAUAAUUCUUUGACUAAUGACAAUUCACCAAAGGCUUACAGUGCUUGGAAUAAGUUAGAUCCUAGAGAUAAUCCAAUGGUGACUGUUCCUGGGUCAUUGUUGGACCGGCUUGGACAAGGGAAUAACGGAUCAUUCCCAACUUUAACUACGACUACAACUUUUCCAAGUGUAACAAACAAUGUAAAUUUUAUCAAGCCCCCUGUUGUCAGUUCAAGUAAUUUUUACGGUUUUGAGUCCAGUAUUAAUGACCAGAGUGUUUUUGAAAAGACUACAGAAAAUAAACUUGAAGAGCAUGAAAAAAGUGAUGAGGAAGAGGAGAAAUUUAGGGACCAGACAAAACUUAACACAUUACUUAACAAUAAAAUACCUCACUUGGAUUAUAAUUCAAAAGAAGAGUUGGAUUCGACUAAACCGAUCAUGCACAAGACUGAUGAUAGUUUGGAUUUAAACAAGUCUGAUGCUAAUGACUCUGCAAACAUUUUAGUGAAAGAUGAAAGUGUGAAUGAAAUGGACUUAAGAAAUUGUGUUGAUACAAGUUUGGAUGAAUCUCUGAAUACUGGAGCUAAGGACAAUAAAUCUGAAAAAGUGGAAUCAAAAUUGGUGCAAGAGGCGAGAGAAGACAAAAAGUCGGCUGAAAUUGUCAAAGAAGAACCCUUGAUUCACAGUGGUGAAGACAGUGUGAAACCUGAAAAAGUCAAGAAAGAGAAUGGCUUUUGUUCACCAGAUAACAGCAUGUUAAGUAAUGAGGGUUCAAAAGAUAAAACUUACAAUGAUAUUCAAAAUCCAUCUGACAUUUCUAUUUUAUCAACUGAUGACAAAACAAGUACAGUUAAUGAGUCACCUCAGGAACCUAAAAUCAGAGGAAUUCUGAAGAAGUCCUCUGAAUCAGAUAUAAGUGGUCCAGUAAAAAUAGAAGUUGAUACAUCCACUGACAGUGCUAAACAAGCUGAUAAAUCACAUAGUGAAAAAGAAAAACAUUCACACAAACCAUCUAGUUCAAAAUCGGAAAAGGAUGACACCAAAGAACCAAGUCAUAAGAAACAAAAGGUUUCAAAGGAGAAGGAUAAGAAAGACUCUAGUCAUAAAGAUGAUAAACACAAAAAGAAAGAAGUUGAAAAGAGAGAAGGAGAAAAGAAAAGUGAAUCAUCACAUAAACCAAGCAACAGCGCAAGUACUAGUUCAUCCGUAAAGAAAGAUGAUAAAAAAGACCGGCAUAAGUCAAAGUCUGAAAAAGACAAGAAAGACACUGAUAAGAAAUCCAAAGAUGAAAAGAAAGAAUCUAAGGAAGAAAAGAAGAAGAAAUCAGAAAAAAAAGAUAAAGAGAAGAAAGAUGAAAAAAGUUUAAAGGAAAGUAGAGAUGAAAAAAGUAGUGAGAAGGUGAAACAAGUGAAAAAGGAGGAGAAGUCUGAAAAAGAAAAAGAUAAGGGUGGAGAAAAGAAAGAGAAGAAGGAAAAACAUGAGAAAAAGGAGCAUAAACAUGAAAAACACGGUAGCACUAAAUCACCUGAAAAGAAACCAAAAUCAUCACAUAAAGAGGGUGACAGUAAUAAAGACAGUUUGAAAGAUAAACCAAAAGAAGGUACACUCAAGGAACAUUCUUCAGCUUCAACAUCAUCAUCAAAAGACAGUGAAAAGGGUGGAACUGACAAAGAAAAGGAAAAGAUAGAAAAGGGAAAGAUUGACAAGAAAAGCAGUGAACAAAAGAAAGAACACAAAAGCUCUCAUAAAUCAAGUAAAAAGUCAAAGGAUGAAAGUAGUGCUAGUAAGAAGGCGGAGUGUGAAAACAACAAGAAACAGAAAGAAGAAAGUAGUGAUUCUAAGAAAAACAAGGAUGAAGAAAACAAGAAACCCAAAGAUGAUCAUAGUGAGCACAAGAAGAAAGAUGAAUCUAGCAACAGAAACAAUAAAGAUUCUCCUGAUAAAUCAAAGGAUGUUAAUAGAAAAGAAAGUACUGAAAAGAAAAGCUCCUCUGACAAAGCAAAAGAGAAAAUUAGCAGUGAAAAAUGCAAAGAGGAAAAAUCAAAAAGUAAAGAGAAAGAAAACAAAGAUAAAGAUCCUGAUCAUUCAAAGUCUAAAAGUAAAGCUGGAGAAUCUGGUGACAAGCCUAAAAUUCAUUCAAAUGAUUCAAAAUCUGAAAGGACUGAUACUGAAAAAGAUGACUCAAAGAAGGCUGAAUCUUCCCGAAAAGAAGAAAAGAAGAAGGAUUCUGAAAUAGGUAAGAACUCGAGUACAUUAUCAAAACCAUCAACAAAGGAUAAUGAUAAACAAAAAUCUGAUAAAUUCAGCAAAAAUUCUGAAUCAAAACCUAAAAUGGAAAGCAAGGUUAAAGAAAAGACACCCAGCAAGAAAGAAAAAGAACCUGCAGUUGCUAGUGGUGGUCUUACUGAGGAAGAUCUAAAAAUCUUUGCCCAAUUCUCUGAUGAGCCAUACAUGUCUAUGUAUGAUAAAGUAAAAAGAAGAUCAACAGAGAAGAAACUCCAUGAUCAAAAAGAACAGGAAGAACAGAAGAAAUUAUUACAUGAAUACAAAAGAAACCAUAAGAAGAACAUAAGCCUUAGUGAUAUUACUGAGAGCAGUGAGUUCACCUCAGAUGAAGAUAGAAGCAAGCCUAGCAGUGCACAGAAGACCAAGAAAAAGUUUGUAUUUUCAUCCGAUGACAGUGAAAGUUCUACAGAUCCUGGUGUUGUUCCAGUGAAGAAAACUCCUCCUAAGAACAAAAUAGCUAUCAAAAAACCGAAACGAAUACUGGAUAUUUAUUCCUCAGAUUCAGAAGAAGAAGAAGAAAUGGCUAACAAACAUCCUGCCAAAAAAACAAUGACUCAUAAGAAAAACAAGCCUGAAGUUCAAAGAGACAGUGACCAUAAAUUUGAGUUUGACAGUAUAAGUGACUCAGAUAAUAAAACUAGUGCUACACAGCAUGCUAAAGCUAAAACCGUUGGUAAAACUUGCAAGAAAACCUCCAGAAAGGACAGUAAACCACAAAGAAAUGGCAAAAAAGACUCGAAUCAAUCUAGGAAAUUGCCACGAAAAGACCUUAGUUUCAAAGAUUUGUUUUCUGAUGAUUCAGAUAACAGCUUGCUAUCGGAUUCUGAUAGUGACAGUGAUAUUUUGCUGUCACCAAAAUCAAAGAAAAAGCCAUUUCUUACAAACAAACCAGACAAGAAUAGGAAGACUAUUCCAAGAGGAAGUUCCAUUUAUACUUCUUCAGAAGAGAGUGAAACAGAAGAUGAGUUUAGAUCAAUGUCUCCACCUAGAACUUCUGUGCUUCCAAAGAAAACUGAAAUGAAUGAAUCGUUUUUUAAAGAGCCAGUACGUAAGAACAGUAUCAGUGAUUCGUUUACCUCGGACAAUGAUGAUAAGCCAUUUGUGAAGAUAAAGAAAAGCUCUAUAAUGGUAAACCACAAAAAUUGUUUGGAUAGUUUUGACAGUGACAGCCAUCUCUCAGAUACUAGUGUUUCAAAAUUCAGCCGGAAAAACAUAUUAAGCAAUGAUUUGGAAAAGAUCAGAAAACAGAAGAACAAAGAAAUAACGGAACUGCACAAGAAAAAUAAUAAAAUGCCUGAUAUACUCAGAAAUGAAGAUCACCCAUUCCAAAACUUGGCAAAGCUUGAGGUUGCUAGAGUUUAUACUGAAUAUGAACAUGACAAACUUCUCAGUAACUUGACAAACAAAGAUAAUUUACCACCAGUCUUAACAGACAUUACUAAGGAGCCAUUAUUCAAGCUAGAUGCUGAUUCUGUAAGAAAUGAUAUUCCCACUUUAAAAGAUAUAUCACUGGACCUGUCUGGGAAAAGCAAGAAUAAGAAACAUAAAAAAGAAAGUAAAAAGAAAAAGAAGAGCAAAGACAAAGACAGUAGAGACUCAUCUAGAGAUAGAACGGAACAGAUUAAGAAUGAUUUUCUUGAUCAUGGUCUUAUGACUAAUGAUACGACUGAUAACUGGAUACCAGAUUCUGAUGCUGAAAAUGCAGUCAAUAGGAAUGUAUUUGACACAAUAAAAUCUCCUGAUAAUAAAAAGAAAAAAGAGCAAAAGAAGGAAUCACCUAAAGUGAAGAAAAACCCUGAGUAUCUCUCUGAAUUUGAGUUCUUGUCAGAUUCUGAAAAAAAGAAUAUGGAGAGAAAAAGUAAGGACUUACCAAAAGAUCUUAACUCAGAUGUAUUUGACUUUCAAGAUGAGGAGAGGGGUACUAAACCACCUAUAAAGGAAUCACAUAUGAAAACUGCAAAAGAAAAUUCACAUGAUGCUAAAUUACAUCAGGAAGAUUAUGAUCACAGUGCUGUAGGAAUUAAUACUGACAUAGAAUACAAGCCUGAUGAGCAAGACUACAAAGAUGAGGGAAAUGUCUGUCCUAUUGUGGAGACUACAGAAGUUGUAAUUGAACAAGCCCCUGAAGAAAAAACUGAGAAAGGGAAGCCAAAGAAGCGCAAGGGGCAAAAAAAUAGCAGUAAAGAUACUGGCAAUCUCACUCAGGAAGCAGUCUCAAAUCUUGUAAAAGAGGACGAAACUGUUGAAACUAUUCAAACUGAGAUAGUACCAUUUGAUACACCUGUUUCCUUGGUUUCCAAUGAACAUGAGCUUGUGAUAGAUGAAGGUGUGUCUCUCCAUGUAGAGGAUGAAACUGAGAAAGCUGUUGAUUCCAUUGUAAAUGAAAAUGAUGAGUGUGAUGAAACUGCAAAGGCAGUUGAAAGUAUUCUACUUGAUGGCAUGCCAACAUAUGCCAUAUCUGAACCAGUAGAACCCACUCCACAGCUAGACCAGAAUUACUUGCAACCUGGUUUUGCACCAGGUUUGCCAAAUAUACCACCUGCUGUAUCUGAAGUGGAAAGUAAUGAAGCAGCAGUAGGAAUGGCCAAGAAAGGCCGCAAAGGCCGCAAAGCAAAAACGGAACAAGGUGAAGGUCUACUAAAUGACAGUGCCGGCAAAUUGUCUGAUGGCAAACCAUUUGAUCUUUUAAGUGAAAAUUCUUUUACAUCUGUUAUGUCAAGUUCUUUGGAUGAUACUCACAAUGAUGAUGAUGAUGAUGGCAGAUUGCAAAUCGACUUUGAUCCACCAAAACCUGAAGCCAAGCAGAAGAAAACCAGAAAGCCAAAGCAGACCAAGGCUGAAAAAAUGGCAACAGCUGCUGCAAUGGCAGCUGUAAAUAAACUUGACAAUAUCUUUGGCAAUUUCAACAGAGGCCAAGACAAAGAUGGUGAAUUGAAUAGAGAUUCAUUGAGCAGUGAAAGUUCUGAAAUGGAGAGGUCUAAGCACGAAGAACUCCUGUUUAUGGAUAGAGAAGAUCAGAGGCAUGAUUCUGACUUGAUGUCUCCUGAUGAAAGAUCAACUUCGGACGACAUUACCAGUCCAACUGACAUAACUAAGGUAAAGUCACGCAGAGGCCGCAAGCCUAAAAACAAGGAUGCAGGUCUUAUUGCAACAACUGCAAGACAGAAUUCUCCAAGAGGCACAAGAACACUGUCACCAAGAUCUCCAAGAAGCAAUUUUGACCCCAGAUCACCAAAAUCUGACAGCUUUGAUCCCAGAUUGAAUGGUCCAAAGAAUCUUGUCAUUGAUGAAGGGCCUGAGAACAAAUGUAACAAGGCUGGUAGCAAUGUGUUUGACUUUGAUGACAAUGAUGAGCAAAGUUCAAACUCGGUCCAGGUCUCUGUAACUCCUGCUACAAAGCAGCGUAAACCUUACCAGAGGAGGAAGAAGGGAGAAAGUGCUCUUCAGAGUCCGGAUAGAGGCAUGUUUUCUAGUCCAGAGCACAAGCAAGAUGAAAAGCUUGUUAUUGCUAGUCCUGACAGUAAGGGUAUUAUGAGCCCAGAACAAAAGAUUGUGUUUGGAAUGGAAAAGAAAGGCUUGUUUUCACCAACAUUUAAACCAGAAGAGCAAACAGACCUUAAAUCUGCUACUGAUGACGAGCCUUUGUUCAAAGCUUUCUUUGAGGGUAGACCAAAGAAUGACAUUGAAAAGGUAAAUCCUUUGCUUGCCAAAAUACAGAAGGAAACUGAAAAUGGGCUAUCAGCUGAACAGAUUGCAAGUAAUGUAGAUAAGACCAUUGAUGAUGUUGCCAAGGGCUUGUUUGAGAGCACUGAUGAGGAAUCUGGUACACCUGCUGUUGAACAAGUACAACCACAAAAAAGGAGGCACUCCAAAAACUGUAAAGAUGAAGAAAUGAUGAAAUCACCGGAUGUAAAGUCACCAAUAAAAUCGCCAAUUGCAAAAUCCCCAGUGGUCAAUGUGAAAUCACCAAUGAUGAAUUCCCUCCAUAGCCCUCCAAUACCAUACUCCCAGCCUCUCGUGUUACCAGGUAUGGGUAUUGGACAGCCUUCUUUUCCAGCUCAGAUUGGAGAGCCCCAAGUGGCUGGUCAUGUACCACUUAUGUCACCCCCAGCUUCCAGACCUCCAGUUAAUGUUUCUGCCUCUGAAGCUCAGAGACCUCCCUCACCUUUGAAGAAUCCUCCAUCCCCAGGCAAGAGCACUUUCCAGCUUCAAGUAAAAACUACCAUUUUGCAAUCACCUAUCAUAUCCACUGUUAUUCCAACGUUGGCACAAUCAUUAGCUGCUACAAUAACUUCACCAUCUACUGCCUCUUCCACUUCUGCUUCUACAGUGUCUGAGGCUCACAAGACGGAACCAACUAACUUAAUGGGUGAGGCAUUGAAGGAAGCAGUCCCUGGUUUCCUGGUUCCAGGUAUUGCAGUAACCUCUGCUCUGGGUGUGGUUCAAGGUAUGACUACAGUAGCGUCUAUUACCCAAACAGUAACUGUUUCUUCAAGUAUAUCGGAGCUUCAGAAAAGACAGCAGCAGCAGAUUGAUAAGUUAGCUCAGGAACAGUUGUUAGAACAGCAGAAGGUGAUUGACCAACAGAAACAAGCAGAGCUGCAAAGACAACAGGAACACCACGUGAAAUUGAAAGAGCAAGAACUAAAAAAGAAAGAGCAGGAGAUGAAACAGAGAGAAAUGGAACAAAAUGAGCGGACAAAGAAAUUGGAAGAAUUGAAAUUGCUACAGCAACAACAUGAGCAGCUUAGACAACAUCAGCAGGCUUUGCAGGCAGGUGUUACAAUUGGGCCAGGAGUUCAGACAGGACAACAGGCAUUGUUGUCCCCAGGGGCAAUCCAGCGGACAAUUCCCUCUCUGCCGUCCCCAGGGGACAAACAGGGCCCACGGGGUCCACUUGUUGCGCACCAUCAGAUGCCCCAAGGUGCUCCUUUUGGAUUACCUGGUCAGCAUCCAGCAGGCUUACCCAUCCGACCAGGGCAAUUCCCUGCUCACCUUACACCAGCUCAGAUACAUGCUAUGCAGCAACAACUUGGCCAGGACCCAAAGGCUUUGGCCUCCAUGGCUAAUGCAGAGGUGCUGUUGAAGCAUCAGCAGCUUCAGGCCCAGAUGAAGGCCCAACAAGCCCAGGCCCUGGCAGAACAACAGGUACAGAUGGCCAAACAGCAGCAAGUCCAGCAAACCAAGCAGUCAUCAAAAGCUGGCAAAGGACAAGGCCCACAAGCAAAUAAGAAGGUUGCAGCUGUUGAUCAACAGCAGAGGCCAACCAGCAACCAGAUAUCAAAGGAUGCACCUCUACCAGGCAGUCAAGAAGCAGCCAACCAACUCACUCAGCAAAUCAAACAGCAGCUGGCCCUACAGGCACAACAGCAGCAGGCACCAGCAGGAUUACCUCCCCAUGCCUCUCACCCACUACACAACUGGCAGUUACAGACCCCCCGACAACCAGCCCCACAUUGCGUUCCACCCAUGUCUGUAGAGUCACGCACUUCUAUGCCAGGACCAGUGCCUGUUCUUGGUGGGAAUCCACAGCAGGCUCAGCGUGUCUCGCCCCUCCCUCCCACCAAGUCCCCCACUGUGGCUCAGACUGCACCCAAUAUGGUUCAUGGCUUUUCUCAACACCAGACUGCUGCACCAAGGGCUCCCAGUCCUGCUGUAGCUAAGACGGCUGAAAGACAGGCCCCAGCAGGAGGUAAGUGGGUGGGUGGAGGGGUCGCACCACGUCAAAGCCCCCCGGACCCCAGGCCAAGAACCUCUUCUGACACUACACAGCUCUCCGUCAGGCCAGACCAAUGGGUGUCCAUAAAUGGUCCGACAGUACAGCCAUCCUCGAGGUUGAGCCCUGCCCCACGGCCAGCCCACCAGCAGCCCCCAUCUGCCCAUCAGCAGCAGCCUGAUCAUGCCAUCCAGUUGACCCGACCAACUGCCCAACCGGCCACACACACAGCCAAAACUACCGACAAAUUCAUGCAACAACAGAUGCAGGAGCUACAGCGACAAGAGAUGAUAAAGCAUCAGCAGGAAAUGCAGCGGCACCAGCAGCUGCGAGAGCAGGCACUACAUGCUCAGGCACAGAAGGAAGUACAGAUCCACAAAGAACGGGAAAGAGCUGAGAGCCUAGAGAGGGAAAAACGGGAAGCACAUUCCAACACCUCCGACCCUCGACAGUCCCCAGCCAUUCGAGGAAUUGGUUAUCCUUUUGUUGAGCCGAGACCGCCAAGUCCAAAUGGAAAACAUCCGCAGAGUCCUGCUAUUGAUCCGAGAGAUCCAAGGUUUGCCCAGCAAUUUGCUGGUCAUCAUCCAGCAGAUUUGCGUCUUGGCUCAUCCCAGGCGAGUGCAUUCAGCCCUGCAGCUGGUCAAGGUACAGAUGCUGCUCAUAUGUACACACAAGCUGAAUUUCAGCGUCUGCAACAAAAUGGCCUACUGCCAGCCUAUCCACCCAGCCUUCUGAUGCGUGAACCACACCUUAUCCCUGGUCAUGGACCACCAUAUAUGAUUCCUGGACAUUUAGCCCACUUUGCGCAACAAAUGGAACACCAGCAUCUGGUUGAUGGUCGCCCGCCCUCUAGAGGUACUGGUCGGCCACCAUCCAAUCAACCUGCUGCACACACUAUGUCCCCAAGUCAACAGCAGCAGGAGGGGAGGGGUCAGAAUAGGGCUCCACAGGGUCAAACCAUGGGCCCCCCUAGCAGGGACCCUCAUCCUGGAGACGGAAGUCUGCUUGGACUCUUGCAGCGUUACCCGGUCAUGUGGCAGGGUGUACUCGGUCUUAAGAAUGACCAGUGUGUGGUACAGAUGCACUUUAUCUCCGGGUUCCAGCCCCUCGUGAAGAUGUCCCUGCCCCAGCCGGCCCAGGACGGCACUGUCCAGCCCCUACGCAUUGCACAGAGAAUGAGGCUGGAACAAACUCAGCUGGAGGGUGUUGAGAAACGCAUGCAGUUGGAGAAGGACUACUGUAUGAUGCUGGCCCUGCCUUGUGGUCGUGACCACACAGACAUAUACCAGCAGACCCGUGCCAUGUCCACUGGCUUUAUACAGUACCUGCAGCAAAAACAGGCUGCCGGCAUCGUGAAUGUAGCAGAUCCAGGCUCACAACAGCCUGCCUAUGUGGUGCAUAUCUUCCCUCCAUGCGACUUCUCCCAGACAACUCUUCAACGGCUCGGUUUUGAUCUUCUGUAUCAGGUCAAGGAUCUGGCACAUUUGAUUGUCAUCAUCGCAACUGUUGCAUAGUGGAAUGUCAUCAUCGCAACUGUUGUGUAGUGUAAUGUCGACAUCGCAACUGUUGCGUAGUGGAAUGUCAUCAUCGCAACUGUUGCAUAGUGGAAUGUCAUCAUCGCAACUGUUGCAUAGUAGACUGUCAUCAUCGCAACUGUUGCAUAGUGGAAUGUCAUCAUCGCAACUGUUUAUCAUCGAAAUGUCAUCAAUGCAACUGAAGCAUAGUGGAAUGUCCUCCAAGCACAUGUUUCGUAGUGCAACUUAAUUCACUUUCAAUAGGAUCAAGAACUGUUGGAUAUUUAUGAAACACUUGAUUGAAGCAUAACACUGGAUAUUGCUUAUAUUAUAACUGAUUUUUGAUGUCAGGAAAACACUGGAUAUUGGUGAAAAUACUAAAGGUGAUGUAGACAAGGGAAUCACCACAAAAGUCAUGCGUAUAGACAAUACAUGUAUUAUGCUAGCCACAUACAUUUAAUACAUGAUCGUAGACUGUUCCAACUAAUUGUAGUAAAUUGAACUUUGUAUUGUGUUGAUGUUGUAGCCAUUGUGAAAUUCCCAAUGUUGUCAAACUGAAUACCGGCUAUAAACUGUUGUUUACCAUUGAAAGGCUAUUUGAGGAUUAUAUGUGGAAUGAGCAACUUCAACAAUCCAUCUAGUUUAUAUUGUAAUGUGCAAACAAAUAAUCCAAGAAAAAAAAACAUAAAAAUUUACAUACUUGGCAGUGAAAUAUAGUGGUGUUAUUGUGGUACAGUGGGAUUAGUUUGCAUUUGGGAUAACAUAUGUAAAAUGUGCUAUUUUCUUCAUGAUUAAGUGAAAACAUGAGAAAAGACAUUGUGGAGCUUAAUGGUGAGAUUUGAGAUUUAGAAGUGUGAAAAUGCUUAUAGUAGUGUUAUCAUUUAAAACCUCUAGGCUUAACCUGUAGGGAGUUUUUGCCUAAAUAAAUUUACUUAACAAAUAAAAAGUGUUUAUUAAGGAACAUUUUCUUGUGUUUUACAGUGCUGUUCAUGUUUAAACUUUAAACAAUUUAUUGAAAGAUUUAAUCUCGAAAAAUAAGCAGUGUUUGAGGGCCUUCCACAUUGGAAACGUCAUUUGAAGGACCAAAGCUAAAAUUUGUUUGAAAAAUUCAAUUUUUAUUUAGUUUGAGUUUAAUAUUUAGCAUGCUUAAUUCAUAUAUCCCAUGCAAAAUGUGUUGGUGUAAUGAGAAGUUGAGCAAAUUUUACGAAAGAAUAUUUUAUCAAAUUUCCACUUAAAAAGCAUUUACAUUUUUCCGAAGAUAUCUUUACUAAAUAAUGCAAACAUGUAUGUUUUUGUAUUAAAAUUGCCAAAUUAUAAAAGAUAUUUGCAUUUUUGUUACCAGGAAAUUAAUUUCAUCCACUAUUUUUCACUAUUUUAUUAAAUUAAUUCCUUAUUUGAAAAGUUAUCAUCAAGAACUCUUAAAACAUGUAGUCUGGGACAUUUUGGCACAAGAACAAAGUUAUAAUGUCGACAAACUUUUCCGAAAAAAUGUGAAUGCUUUUUAUCCAAAAUCUGAUAAAGUAAUUCUUUGUAAAAUUUGGUCAACUCUUUUCUAACCCAUAACAUGUCACCAAGAACGUUUGUUUUACUCCCAAAAAAGCUUCUUCCUCAAAACUAAAUAAAACAUGAUCUUUUGCAACAUUUUAAAUUUUGAUCUUCCCAACCCACUUUUGCACUGUGGAAAGCCCUUAAUGUAAUUUAUUUUUGUUCAUUUUAAAUGUGAAAAAAGCUGGAAAUAUCACAAAAUUACAUUUUGCUGUGCAUAUUUUGUUUUAGAUGUUUUAGGGUUUGGAAUUUUGAAAGAAAUUUACUUGCUUGUAAUAUGCUUUAACUUUUGUGCUGGGCACAGGAAGGACUUGUUGCUUUCUAAAAACAACUGUAUUAUUUUUCCUUACAUCUUACAUUACAAUUGAAAUGACAUUAUUGUGUGAAAUUGUGAAGUUAAAAGUUUGAAUGUUUUCAUUGCAUUGUUUUGACUUGUUUGAAUUAAAAUUAAGGCAGCUAGAAGUUAACUCUCACCAUAACAUUUUCAUUGUACAUGUUGCCAUUUUUCUUGAAGGUUUGAAGCACUUAAAGUUGGUGAUCUGUCCCACAGCACUGGCAGUUCAGCUGUUCUAAUUUUUAGCACUUCACAUAGUAAAUUAAAUAGUACUUGAACUUCAAGUUCUUCAGCUUAAUAUCAUCUACAUCUUUUAUCAGAGAACAAAUUAUACUUGGCACAUAAUGAAUUCAUAGCUUGUAUCUAUGUUCUCUUAGAGAAAAUGGCAACAUGAUAUUGGUACAUGUUAUACAGUAUUAUGAUUAGAAUUAGUUUGUCCUUGUGUUUUUUUGUGAAAGGCCCAGUUUAAUUUAAAAGAAAAAUAAAAUUUCUUAAAUUGAUUCUUGAAUAGUGGUUCAGUUAUUCAAAAGGUAUUCUUAAAAUUUGGUUAAUUGUUGAUACAUAAACAAAAUCUUCAACUUAUUUGUAGAGAAGAAAAACAACAACAAAUCUUACUGUAAGUGAUGUUUGAAAUAGGGCAUUUUUCUUUGUAGUGUUGUGUUUGUGUUACAUGUGACAUUGUCAUACAUGUGCUGUUUCUUACAUUUGUUAAUCUGUGUAGACUAUUACUGUAACUACAGUGUUUUUCAUUCACAGUGUAUUUUUAUAGAAAAAAACUUUUAUGUGCAAUGCUAAUAAAAAAAUGUGGACAAAUAUUUGAUCUCAGACAUGGCGGAUGCUUGAAUGAAUGGUUCAUUUUAUCUGUAUGUCUCUGAAACCAGAUCCGCUUUUUCUUUAAUUGUUUGUUGACAAUUAAUUAAAAGAUUUUGUUAUCAUUUAAUAAUUCAAAGAAAGCUGAAAUGGUCAUAUAAAACCAUAUUCAGACUGAGAACAGUUUUCAAUGUUGUUUUUAUAACUGUAGAUGCAGUGAAUCAUAAAAACACCUGUUUAAUUAUUUAUCAUAUUGAAGCUAUAUAUAAGUGCUAUUUCAUACCCCUUACACUAUUUAAAGCAUUUUACUGUAUCAAAUAAAAGAUACCAUAACACAUGUAUGACGUUGAACAAAAUAUAAUCAUGAUAAAAUGCAUAUAUAGUUAUUCAUUUUUUGUUUUGUGACUCUUAGGCUGAUGAUAUGUACUAUAAUAUUAUUGACAAAUACAUAAUGUUGAUUUGUUUAUGGUAUAAAUUUGUUGUUAAAAGCUUCUGCGUAUCAUUUUGAUCGUUAUUGUUGUAAGCAGUCGUUAAUUUUGGAACAUAAGCUUUUUAAAAAAAAAUGAUUUGUGUGUAUAUUUGUUUGUAUACUGUGUAUAUAUAGAGAGAAUAACUAUUGUAAAUACUGUACAUACCUAAAAUGUUUUGUAAAUAGAUCAGCUUCUUGUGAUUUUCAUCCCAAGUUCUGGGAUUUUCUUUGAAUAACAUUGAUCACCAUGGUAACAAUUAAAUAUUUAAAUUUAGAUAUUGAAGUUUGUGCAUAAUUCUAGAACUUGAGGAUAUCGGAUUGUUGCAGUGUAAACUAAUUCAAACUUCAAAGUUUUAAAUGUUUAUUGCUUAUUUGUUACCAUGGAAAUAAUGUUGAAUAUUUUCAUGUUGGAGGUUGUUUGACCUCAUGUCUUUGUCUCACUGAAGAAAACUGAUUAAAAAUGUUAACAAUUACA